AUGAGUUUGUCACCAGUGAGAAAAGAUAUUUUGGAGCAAGCGGAAGACGUGAGAAUCCUAGGAUUGGACCCGCUAGUGUCGCCCGCGCUUUUGCAAUCGCAGAUUCCAGCCACCAACAAGUGCCUGGAAACUGUGCAAAAAGGUAGAAGGGAGGCCAGCGAAAUCAUUGUGGGCAAAGAUGACAGACUACUGGUCAUCGUGGGCCCAUGCUCGAUCCACGACCUGGACUUAGCCCAGGAAUACGCCAGGCGCCUCAAGAAGCUGUCGACGGAGCUUGAGGGCGAGCUGUGCGUUAUCAUGAGAGCGUACCUCGAAAAACCUAGAACCACAGUGGGGUGGAAGGGUCUGAUCAACGACCCAGAUGUCAACAACACUUUCAACAUCAACAAGGGCCUGCAGUACGCCAGACAGCUGUUCGUGAACCUCACCAGCGAGGGUAUGCCCAUCGGCUCCGAAAUGCUCGACACCAUCUCCCCACAGUUUUUGGCGGACUUGCUGUCUUUCGGAGCCAUUGGCGCCAGAACCACCGAGUCCCAGCUGCACCGUGAGCUUGCCUCCGGGUUGUCGUUCCCUGUGGGGUUCAAGAACGGAACCGACGGGUCGCUAGGCGUCGCGGUCGACGCCAUGUUGGCCGCGUCGCACUCCCACCACUUCAUGGGCGUGACCAAGCACGGCUUCGCCGCCAUCACCACUACCAAGGGUAACGAGCACUGCUUCGUCAUUCUAAGAGGUGGCACAAAGGGCACCAACUACGACGCCGAAUCGGUGGCCGAAGCCAAGAAACAGUUGCCCCCAGGCGCUGCGUUGAUGGUUGACUGUUCCCACGGCAACUCCAACAAGGACUACAGGAACCAGCCCAAGGUCAACGAUGCCGUUUGCGAACAGGUUGCCAACGGUGAGGACAAGAUCAUCGGUGUCAUGAUCGAAUCCCACAUCAACGAGGGCAAGCAGUCUAUUCCAGAGGAGGGUAAAGCGGGUCUCAAAUACGGUGUUUCCAUCACCGAUGGUUGCAUAGGCUGGGAGACCACCGAAGAGGUGUUGCGCAACUUGGCCAAGGCCGUUAAGCAAAGAAGAGCUCUCAAAGAGUCUUCUGCCUAA